AUGCUCGCGAAAACCUUGAUCGCCGCAUGUGUCGGCUUGCUGGGCAGCGCCCAAGCUUUUUGGCGCAUGGAGUGCCCUGGCCGAGUUGGUCUUGCUCGAAUCGACCCGAUUGUUAACCCGGGCGAGGUCUCGAAACACGUUCACGCGAUUCACGGUUCCAAUGGUAUCGGGAUGACGGCCGAUUCCGCGUCACUCAUGGCUGGAGACUGCACUUCGUGCCGUGUCACUCAGGACAUGUCUGCUUACUGGCACCCUGCUGUGUAUUUCAAAGAUGCGAGCACAGGUCAGUUCGAGGUAGUAAACCAGACUGGUGGCAUGUUGGCCUACUAUCUCCUCAACGCAGAGAACAUUACCGGAUACCCUGCCAACUUUCGUAUGCUGAGUGGUACUACCUCGCGGCGUACUUACACGGCUGGUGACCCAAGUCUGGCUGACCCCGCCCAGUCUCUGUGGAAAUCCCUCGGCCAGACUACCCAGGAAGACCUCGAGCAGAGAGCCCUUGGGUUCAACUGCCUCAACUACGACAGGGCUGCUGAAGGCACCCUCUACCGCCACUACAUGCCAGACAAGGCUUACCUUGAUGCAAACUGCAAGAAUGGAUUGAGGCUCGAGAUCAUGUUCCCAUCAUGCUGGGAUGGUGUAAACACGGACUCUGGUAACAGCAAGGACCAUGUUGCCUAUCCUGACCUCGUGAUGAAUGGUAACUGUCCCGACACCCAUCCUGUCCGUCUCCCUGGCCUGUUGUAUGAGGUCAUCUGGGAAACUCAGGCUUUGGUUGGCCGUGACGGAAUUUUUGUCUUGUCCAAUGGCGAUCCUUCUGGCUUCGGCUACCAUGCUGACUUUAUAAUGGGAUGGGAGCCUAAUUUCCUACAGGAUGCCAUUGAGACCUGCACCAACGCGUCUGGGAAGAUUGAAGACUGCCCACUCUUCAAUAUCGUGGACGAGGCCACGGCUAGGGAGUGUAAGAUGAAGACGCCCUCACUCUUGAGUUCGGAGAACGUCAACGGUCCUGUUAGCUCAUUGCCCGGAAACGUCGAGAUCACUUAUGGGGAUGGUUCGUCGGACGGCGAUGAAGACAGCAAACCUUCAAAGACCACUCCCGCUCUGACUUAUGCCCCAGGGCAGACCCCUUCAGACGCUGCUUCGCCGCUACCUGGUCAAGUGUUCAAGGAAACCUCGGUUUAUGUGGCUCCGGCUCCGACCACAACCAGUAGCAGCUCCAGCCCGACUAGCACGAGCACGACUAGCACGAGCAGCUCCUCGACUACUACCUCAAGUAGUCAGGUGGUCAUCAGCUCCUCGGCUACCUCAAGCAGUGCCGAGGUCUUCGUUGAACAGACAUCUAUCCCUGUUCCCACGACCUCAGCUCCCAACCCAGUGAAUCCCAAUGCCAACUACGUGUCUACCCAGUACAUCACGAAUGGCAACAUUGUCACAAAGAUCUUGUAUGAGGAGGAGCUCAUCUGGGUCACGGAGCGAAUCGAGGCAACCGGUACUGUCACUGUGACUGGUACCGCCCCCCCUACAUCAUUACCUGAAGGAAGCGUUCAGCGAAAGAAACGCGCAGCCCAUAUGCAUGCUCAUGCUCAUGGGUAUAGGUACUAG